AUGUCCACAAUGCAAGACAUAAUCCGGUUCACUCUUACAUUAUUACUUUCUCUGACGCACUUGGUCGCGGCAACGACACACACGUUCAAUUGGACUACAGGUUGGGACUACCAAAACGUGGAUGGUGUCCUCAAUCGUCCAGUGAUAACAUGCAACGGUCAAUGGCCUUGGCCUGACAUUAGGGUUCAGAAGGGUGACAGGAUUCAAGUUUACUUGACUAACGGAUUCAAUGACUCAGACACUUCUCUGCAUUUCCAUGGGUUAUUCCAGAAAGGGAACACUAAGAUGGAUGGGGUUCCCAUGUUGACGCAAUGUCCCGUUCCUCCAGGGACCACAUAUUUGUAUAAUUUUACUGUGGAGGACCAGGCCGGUAGUUACUGGUAUCAUUCACACACUGCCGGUCAAUAUGAGGACGGGUUUAGAGGAUUGCUUAUUAUUGAUGACGGAGAGAAUAAUAAGGAUUUUCCCUACGAGUAUGAUGUAGAUGUUCCUUUGGCUAUUGGGGAUUGGCAUGGUAAGACAGUGGACGUGUUGACUAAGAAAUUUAUGAACUUGUUUAACCCAACUGGUGCGGAACCAAUCCCACAAAAUUUGAUCUUAAAUAAUACAAGAAAUUUAACUUGGAAUGUGCAACCUGAUACAACUUACUUGCUAAGAAUUGUCAACACUGGAGGGUUUGUAUCUCAGUAUUUUUGGAUUGAAGAUCAUGAUAUGACCGUGGUGGAAGUAGAUGGGAUUUAUACGGAACAGAAUACGACUAACAUGUUGUACGUUACUGUGGCACAAAGGUAUUCUGUUUUCGUUCACACAAAGAAUGAUACUUCUAAGAAUUUUGCUAUUAUGCAGAAAUUCGAUGAGACGAUGUUGGAUCUGAUACCUAAGGAUUUGGAAUUGAAUGCAACUUCAUAUAUGGUUUAUAACGAAACAGCACCCAUGCCCGGGCAGAAUAUUGUGGAUUCCAUCGAUGAUUAUUUGGAUGAUUUUUAUUUAGUUCCUUACACUAAAGUUGAAAGAUUUGGUGAUCCGGAUUAUACGCUGACCUUAGAUAUGAAGAUGGAUAAUUUAAUGGAUGGUAAGAACUAUGCUUUCUUUAAUGAUAUUUCCUACACAACACCAAAGGUCCCCACAUUAAUGUCAGUAUUAUCAAGUGGGAAUGAUUCUGUGAAUGAAGCUGUUUACGGAACGAACACCAAUUCAUUUGUUUUGGAGAAAGAUCAAAUUGUUGACAUUGUCAUGAACAAUUAUGACACGGGGAAACAUCCAUUCCAUUUGCAUGGUCAUGUCUUCCAAGUUAUAGUGAGGGACCGUCCCUAUGACGAUGAGAAAGGAGAGACCGUUCAUCCAUUUGAUUCUUCUGAUCAUCCAGACUACCCUGAGUACCCAAUGAUGAGAGACACGCUUUAUUUAAACCCGCAAUCAAAUUUUGUGCUAAGGUUUAAAGCUGAUAACCCGGGUGUUUGGUUCUUCCAUUGUCAUAUAGAGUGGCAUUUGAUUCAAGGGUUGGCCGUUGUUUUCGUGGAAGAUCCUUUAUCCAUUCAACAAGAACAGUCUCAACACUUAACUGAGAAUGAGAUAGACGUUUGUUCUGCAGCAAACAUUCUAUAUCAAGGUAAUGCAGCAGGUAAUACUGUCGAUGUAUUGGAUUUAACAGGCCAAAAUGUUCAAGAAAAAAAUAUCCCCAAUGGGUUUACAAAGAAGGGUAUUAUUGCAAUGACCUUCUUGUGUCUGGAUGGUGUAUUAGGGUUGAUGACCCUUUCCAUGUAUGGUUUAAUGGAUAUUAGUAAUGUCGAGGAGAAAGUUAUUCGUGAUUUAGAACUCCCACCUGAAGUAAUCCUUGAGGAUGUAGAUUUGGAAAGUAGUCACGAAACUGGGGAAUCAAAUGUUAGCCAACUUUCUUCCACAGAACAUUAA